AUCAAAGAAAAUAUACAAACUGGACUUUCAUUAUAGAUGGAAAGUAAUCUUUUAUUUUAAAAUGGAACUAUUUUAUUUCGCAAGUAUCAACUUUGUUAUUUAUUGUUCUUUAGUAAUGCAUAUAUUUAAAAAAAAUUGCAAUGAAAUAAAAUAAUUAAUUUAAUUGAAAGCCAAAAAAGUAUUCAAAAUAUUUCUUUGAAAACCUAAUAAAUAUUCUCAAACAAUUAACAAAAAGUUAGUCAAAACUGCAAACAAUCACUAAUUAGUAGUCUUAUCGUGUAUGGUAAAGAUUUAAAUAAACUCAUAAGAGUUUAGUCAAAAUUUCCAGAUAAUUUAUUACUUGUAUUUAUGGUAGAAGGUUGAAUAAGGAUAUUGUAUUAAUAUGGUAAGAAAAUUAAACAGACCAUUAUAAUAUGGUAGAGCUAAAAAUCAAAACACAUAUGCUAUAUAUAUCUGAGUAACUUAGUCAAGAUUUCUUAUGCAUCUUUUCAACUAACUAAAUAUAACUGAGAUUCAAGAGAGCAUUCAAUAAAGAAUUUCUAUCAGUUUUUAAGGUACACAUGCAAAAUUUAUGAUAAAUCUAAUCAAUACUGAUAUUAUUACAUAUCAGAUUUUUAUAUUGCAGCACUAUCACAGAAUAUAUUAAUCUUUGUCAUAAUAUGCUUAGUUUUGAAAUUAUAUUGAUUUACUUAUAAUAAAUAAUACAUAUUCCCAAUUUGAUAUUUUGAAAUUUCUUUAAAUAGAAAAAUUAUAAUCGUAAAAGGCCGGUAAUUAUAUGUUUUAGAACAGCGCUUGUUCAUUUCCGUCGUGUUGUAUAACUUUAAAUUACAUUUUUCUAGUGGCUCACAUUAUUGUAUAGACUAAGGAAAUAUUUUUUUCUUAAUCUCUUGAAAUAUUAAAUUUUCAAAACAAUAAAUUAUAUAGAAGCAUUAAUUAAUUAUUUGCUUGCCAUUUUUGAGUUUAUAUUACUUAAUGCAAUUUUUGAGUCUCUUUGAUUUCCCAGUUCAUAUAACAGAAUCUCAUUAUUGUUUCUUUAAAUAAAAUUUGGGAGUUCAAAUACUUAAAAUUGUUUGUAAUUAUAUGUAGUAAAAAAAAUUCUGUUAGAUUUUUGGAAUUGAAUGUUGUUAUUCAUAGUAUUAUUUUGAAAUUUACAGGAAUUGAUGUCAAAAGAGAUGGCUAAAAUAAAUCGAGAUGUGCUAAUGCUAAGAGAAGAUCAGGCUCCUAAAGUUGGAGCAAGCUUGAGCCAAUAUGAACCAAUGAAGAUGUCAAUGGUUGGCAUUAAACCUCACAUACCUGACUUGAAUGUGAAACCUUGUUCUGAUUCUGACGAGGAAGAAAAAGGAGAAAUUGCAAAAGAAUUUCAGAAUCUUGCAGGUUUAAAAACUCAUGAUGCCUGUUACGUUGAUCAUAAGCUUUUGUACGAGCUUGUGGUCGAGAUCAUUGCUCGUCUACCAUGCUUUGAAUACUGGAAACUGCAGUUUCUUAACAAGAAAUUCUUGCAGUUAUUAAAGAGCUGUGAAAUUUUCAGGGUGAGACAAGAAAAAGGACUUGUGAAACCCUAUGUGAUUUUGCAUUCAGGGGCUGUAUCUAAUUGGGAAAUGUUUGAUAAGGAUUUUAAAACCUUUCGGAGACUUCCUAAAGUUCCUUCUUCUGACUAUUGCUUUUUCCACAGCGAUAAGGAAACAGUUAGUGUGGGUACUCAACUAAUUGUCAUAGGGAGAGAAAUAGAUGGAAUUGUGGUGUUUCGCUAUGAGCUAGAGAAUCAUAAGUGGUUCAAAGGUCCUUCAAUGAUCACACCGAGGGCCAUGUACGGUUCUGCGAGCCAUGGUAAAACCGCAUUUUUUGCAGGAGGCAUUAAAAUGGAUGAAAAUGGGAACCCUGUUGUUGUGCAAACUGUAGAAAAGUAUAAUGCUGAUACAAAAAGGUGGACUAUGAUUAAUGCAAUGCAUAAAGCAAGGAAGUUCAGCUCAGGAUGUUUUUUGCGUGGAAAAUUUUACGUCCUCGGUGGCCGAGAUGAUAAUGAUAAACACCUUACUUGUGGAGAAAGUUAUGAUGAGACGACCAAUUCGUGGGAGUUGAUACCUGACAUGCUAAAAGACAUGACAGUUAUUGCGCAUUCCCAAUCUCCGCCCCUUAUUGCUGUGGUUGAUGACAAUCUAUACAUGUUAGAAACAUCUUUGAACGAGCUUCGGGUAUAUGAUAUAAACACAAAUAUUUGGAAGAAACUUGGUGUUGUCCCUGUGGGCGCAAACGCUGCCUUCGGUUGGGGGAUAGCGUUUAAAUCGAUGGGAGACAGACUUCUGGUGAUUGGAACUUCUCACUAUUGGCAUAGUAAGACAGUAGUUCACUCAUGCCGUCCUUCUCCAGACGUGAAAGAGCAGCACUGGGAAGAAAUAAAACAUUGGUGUGUUGGUGCUGAGCUCCCACAGUUUAUUCAUAACUGUUGUGUGAUGUUUGCUUAAAGUUUUCUCCAAGGAAAACUUGGAAACUUAUUUGUUUUUGCAUUUGUGCUUAAAGUUGUUGCAUUUGGUUUUUAGUUGUUUGGUUUGUGUUUUUCUGAUUUUUUUGUUUUUCAUUUGGGAUAAAAAUGUUUUUGUUUUUUGUUUGUUUUAAGUGCUUAUGUUUGUGAAAAAAUACAUAUAUUGUCUAUGUAAUGGUUAUUUAUUUAUUUUGGUUUUUUUUCCCUCUUCAGCCAAAAAUGUCAGUGACAAAAUGGGUAAACCAACCCAAACCAAACCAUAUCCAAAUGGUUUUAAGCUUAUAUGGGUUAUGGUUUUAACCAAUCCAUAACUCAUUUAAGUUAAUGGUUUUAAUGGUUAAGCCAUGAACAAUAGUUAUAUAGCUUAAAUGGUUAAUAAGUAACAAUAUUACUUUGGGGCUGAAAACAAAAAGAAUACUUAGACUUUUGAUAAAUACAAUUAUAUGGUUUUGGUGUAAAAAACCAUUUUAUUAUUUUAGCAAAGAAGAUAAUUUUGUGAUUUUAGUGAGAAAACUACUUUUAACAUUUUUGCGGGAAAACAAGAUUUUCUGUUUUAGCGGAAAUACAAUUUUAUGAAUUUGGCGAAAAAAACAGUAUUACGGUUUUAGCCAAAAAAUACAAUAUUGCGGUUUUGGUGGGAAAACACGAUUUUGCGGUUUUGGCAAGAAAAUUUAAUUUUGUUGGUUUUGGUUGGUAAACUCAAUUUUACGGUUUUGGCAAGAAAACAUAGUAUUACGGUUUUGGCCAGAAAAAUACAAUAUUGCAGUUUGGCGGAAAAACUCAAUUUUACGUUUUGGCGGGAAAACUCAAUUUUACGAUUUUGGCAGUAAAUUCAAUUUUAUGGUUUUUACGAGCAAACACGAUUUUGCAGUUUUGGCAGAAAAACUCAAUUUUACGGUUUUGGCGGGAAAUUCGAUUUUAUGGUUUUGGCAGAACACUCAAUAUUACAGUUUUGGCGGAAAACUUGAGUUCACGGUUUUGGCAGUAAUUUCAAUUUUACGGAUUUCACGG